UCGUCUUGUACCCAUUCGCAACUCCUCCUCUUUAUAAUAACCCUCACAAACCCUAAAUCAUCAACAUUCAAAUUCAUCUCUCUCUACGUCUUUCCAGAUCCUUCUUCCCCAUCUUUGUUCGUUUGCAGAUUGAAAGCUAAUCUAGCUGUUGAUGGAGCACUUGCUGGGUUUGCUUAGGGUUCGUAUCCACAGAGGUGUUAACCUUGCUGUUCGAGAUGUUUGUAGCAGUGAUCCGUAUGUUAUUAUUCGUAUGGGAAAACAGAAAUUGAAAACUCGAGUGGUGAGGAACAACAUCAAUCCUGUGUGGGAUGAAGAUCUGACGCUCUCCAUCUCAGACCCCAUCCCCAUCAAACUUGAAGUGUAUGAUAAAGACACAUUUAGCCUAGAUGACAAAAUGGGGGAUGCUGUUUUCGAGAUUAAGCCGUUUCUGGAAGCCAUUAAGAUGCGUCUGGAUAAUCUCCCAAACGAUACGAUCGUCACAACUGUGAAGCCGACAAGGACCAACUGUUUGGCUGAAGAAAGCCACGUAAAAUGGGUGGACGGGAAAGUAGUACAACAGAUGGUUCUUCGAUUGCAAAACGUGGAAUGUGGGGAGAUUGAGAUUCAACUAACGUGGAUCGACAUUCCGGGCUCCAGAGGCUUGUAGUUAUUUAGCUUAUCGUGAAACUCAGUUUGCGUUUUAUGAUUCGAGUUUUUCGUAUUUCGUUUGGCAUGUUUGAUCUUUGAUGUUAUUAACGAUGAUGGGAUGCUUGCUAUUUAUGUAAAAAUGUGCAAGAAUUGUAGGACGUCAAUAAGUGUUUUAGGCCAUCAAUAGAGCUACAACAAAAAAGUGAAACCCCUUUAAUCCUCAUCAAUGGGAAUUUGGAAAACUAUGCU